AUGGAGCAGCUCGAGAUACACAGCAGGUCUUACCUUGUACGAUGGGUUCAAGUGAAAGAGCUGCAUACCAUCUCGUGGACUAUACGACCGGAUAAGAAGUCAAUAAACUUUGGUAUCUUCCAACACCCUGGGGGGUCUGGUGCGACCCUUGCUCCAAGAUUACCCUCUUCGACUAUCGAAGCCCCGCCGACACCAAGGCUUUCUCCGGGAGACGGUCAGAUUGAUGUGACCUCAUCUCAUCAUGCAUCAUCUAAGGCCGCAGACAAGCUUGAGAGCGUGGGCUUGAGGCUUGUACAGUGGUACGGGACCUGCGAUCCCAAUCGCGUCAAUACUGGAACCUAUGAUGUACCCCAGAGUGAAGGCGGCAUGUAUGCAUUGGUUUUUGACAACACAUUUUCGAAGCAGCAUUCCAAAAAGGCAACUUUCGUACUCCUAACCUAUCCUACCAAAUCACCCCCGCAGACCAGUUCCCUGACUCACCAUAACCAGAGUGUGGGGGCAGCGAGUAGUGUGAAUCUGAAGGACUCGCUGGAGCAAAAGAAGACUACGUCUUCGAAUGACUCAAUUCCUCAGCUCAAGGCAUCAAAAGCAAGCACAGCAUCCGAAGAAAGGCCUCGAAGUGGUGGGAACGACGUGCCGCCCGACCCAGGUCUAUUCACCGGCACUUUGCAAAAACGGCGUAGAAGGAAGCACCAGGGGUGGGCACGCCGGUUCUUCUCCCUUGACUCAAAAACCUCAACUUUGUCGUAUUAUCACGAUCGAAAUGCUGCAUCUCUGAGAGGAUCUAUACCGCUUUCUUUAGCUGCCAUUGGCGCGAACGCCGUCACGCGCCAAAUCAGUAUUGAUUCUGGGGUGGAAGUGUGGCUAUUGAAGGCAUCUUCGCAAAAAGACUUUGGUGCUUGGAAACGUGCCCUAGAAUUUGCCAGCUCGCCAGGUGAUUCUAGCUCUCCUCAGGAAACCACUCGCAGGAGCUCCUUCAAGAGGAUUGCUUCUGUUAAAGCGAUAAAUCCAGAGGAAGACCGCGAGUGGUUGAGAGUUGAGGAGCUUCUUACAAAAGUUAGAAGCUCAAGAGACCUGGCUCGAAAUGUAGCCAAGGAUACUGAUCCGAAAUACCUGCCAUCGCCGGCACUCAAGCCUAAAAUUGAGCGAAUACCUUCGGAUGCAAUAUCUAGCCAUUCAAGCGCCUCCGAGAGCCCAAUUGAACAAGGCUUGAAUGGCUAUUUUACCGAGAGGCCCAAGGAUCGCCGACCGUUCUGGAAACGUAAACCAAGUACAGAAAGGCAUAUGCCUGGUGCUUUUAGGCGAAGUGUCUCUGCUACUCCCUCUCUCGCAACUCCACAAAGGAGUACGCCCACAUUAAUUACGACCUCGUCGAUGGGUUCCGAGGGUAGAAGUUUAGAAAACCAAGUGAACGCCAGCUUACAUGAUCGUUGCCUUUCUCUCCUGAGAGACCUGGACAUUAUAAUUUCUGACUUCGAUCUCCUCUUAUUUGAAAGCAAGCAGCGACGUGACCCAAUGGUAAACUCAGCGACUUCUCGGUGCAGUAUUGAGUCCCAAGAUGAUGAAUUUUUUGACGCCGAGGGAUCUCAAUUGCUCGAUAUUCAUCAAGCAUCGGAUGAAGACAUAUCAGAUGCUGGCUUGGCCGAAAAUGCAAGCUCAAGCUCUGACAGUGAAGCCGAUGAGCCUCACGCCGCAUCGACGCCAAAGAAAGGCCCACACAAAGCUGACCCAGCGUUUCCAGAGAUUCCCACAUCACUUGAGCCACUGCCAGCGUCAUCAAUCAAACGCAGGGACUCGCUCCAGCCUCCUUCUGUGAAUCCACCAUCUCUCAUUGGAUUUCUCCGCAAGAAUGUGGGCAAAGACCUUUCCACAAUCUCCAUGCCUGUGUCUGCCAAUGAGCCAAUUUCGUUGCUACAACGUGUGGCAGAGAGCCUUGAGUACUCACAGCUGCUUGAUUCUGCCGCGGAUGCCACCACCAGCGUAGACCGAAUCAUAUUGAUCACAGCGUUUGCAAUCUCCCUUUUGUCUAGUGCUCGAAUCAAGGAGCGAGCGAUUCGCAAACCCUUCAACCCAAUGCUUGGCGAAACCUUUGAGCUCGUUCGCGAAGAUCGGGGUUACCGGUUUCUCGCAGAGAAGGUCUGCCAUCGUCCUGUCCGCGUUGCCUCCCAAGCAGACAGCUUCAAGUGGUCCUUAUCACAUUCGCCCUCACCCACUCAGAAAUUUUGGGGGAAGUCGGCGGAGCUACUAACGGAUGGCAAAUUCCACGUAGCCUUACACACCAGUGGCGAGCAUUUCAGCUGGACGCAACCCACCACCUUCCUGCGAAAUAUCAUUGCAGGGGAAAAAUAUGUAGAACCGGUGGGAUCGCUAAGUGUGACGAAUGAAAGCACAGGCGAGAACGCAUGUGCUACAUUCAAGGCCAGCGGUAUGUUCUCUGGUCGAAGUGAGGACGUAACGGUGCAGACUUACGAUGCGCACGGCAAUGAAAUGCCCCUUGGGCUUAUGGGACGAUGGACAUCAUCCCUGGCCGUGACUGAUCAGAAGGUUGUAAGACAGACUGGUAAGCCGAUCUGGACCGUGGGCGAACUGGUGCCAGAUGCCGUGAAGAGAUACGGCUUCACGAGCUUCGCUGCUUCGCUCAACGAGAUCACUUCGCUCGAGAAGGACAACCUUCCGCCCAGCGAUAGCCGUUUACGGCCUGAUCAACGAGCUGCUGAAGACGGUGACCUUGACAUUGCGGAGGAUCUGAAAGCUAGACUGGAAGAGGCCCAGAGACAGCGGCGCCGGCUUGCUGAGGAACAUGGCAUGCAAUGGCAACCUAAAUGGUUCGCGCAGGGGGAAGCCGCGGAUGGGGAGGAGGUAUGGGUACAGAAGGUAGGCAAGGACGGUUACUGGGAGAGACGACGGCAAAGGAACUGGGAGGGGGUAGAGAAGGUUUUUGAAGUUCAGUGA